AUGCAGAUUGACGACGACGAAGGCGAUGGUUCAUGCAGCAGUAUAGUCGAACCCGAUUCUCUAGACGGAGUUUUUGGGCCACUCGAGAAGAGGAAUAAUCAUGCUAAUGAACGCAUUUCUGAGGUUUUGAAAGAAGUGACUCGUCAACUUGCAGAAGAGUACAACCGAAACGCCUUGGCUCAAUGGGCUUACGAGACGAACGUUAAUCAAACUACGCAAGAAUUAUCGGUAAGAAAACCAAUGUUAUGGCAAGGUUUGAAAGAAAGAGUGACUCGUCAACUUGCAGAAGAGUACAACCGAAACGCCUUGGCUCAUGGGCUUACGAGACGAAACGUUAAUCAAACUACGCAAGAAUUAUCGACGAGGGCAUCUCUAAGAGCGAUUAAGGCCGAGCGAAGACUUAUCGCAAAAUUGAAUAGAACUUUGCGCGAAUUCGAUCUGAAGGACGCUUGCCCCGAUGUUCAACGUCAAGUUGCUUUUCUUUUGAAGAUGGGACCGUCGGCAUUGUCUGAUCGAAAAUAUACCAAGCUGGGAAACAUUGUGAAAACUAUGGAAACUAUAUAUAGCACAGCUACAAUUUGCGAAUACAAGAAUUGCGACGAAUGUGGAAUGAGACUAGAACCAGAAAUUACCGAACGUAUGGCAACCAGUCGCAACCCAGACGAACUCCUGUACCUCUGGACCGCCUGGAGGAACGCAACCGGCCGCAAAAUGCGCAAAUACUACCCCGAUUAUGUGGAUCUGAUGAACGAGGCUUCAUAUCUGAACAAUUACUGUGACACAGCUUUUGAAUGGCUCACCGAGUUCGACCCACUUCAACCGGAUGAAAUGAAAUCAAUCGCCAAAAAACUUUGGAAACAGGUCGAACCUUUAUACAAGCAAUUGCACGCAUACGUCCGAUACAAAUUGCGGUGCAUUUACGGAGAAAGAUUGAUACCGGUUGGAGGAUGCAUUCCGGCUCAUCUUUUGGGAAAUAUGUGGGCGCAGACCUGGACAAAUCUUUUCAAUGAAACAAUGCCAUUUCCUGAUCAUAAAUUGCCGGAUAUAACCGCGGCUAUGACGCAAAAGGGUUAUACGCCGGAAAAAAUGUUUCGUUUAGCCGAAAAGUUCUUUGUAUCCCUAAAUAUGUCUGCAAUGCCGACGUCAUUCUGGAACAAUUCUAUAAUUUCUCGUCCUAACGAAGACAUCAAAAUGUUUUGCCACGCCUCGGCCUGGGAUAUGUAUGACGGAAAAGACUUUAGGAUAAAAAUGUGUGCAGAAGUGACGUAUGAGAAUUUCGUGACGAUUCAUCACGAAAUGGGUCACGUACAAUAUUAUCUACAGUACAAGGAUUUACCUUUGCCCUAUCGCGAAGGAGCAAAUCCAGGUUUUCAUGAAGCAAUAGGCGACACCAUAGCCCUAUCCGUCGUCACAAUGUGUCACCUAAAAAAAAUCGGCCUAGUCGAACAAGCCGAUCAUUGCCAUUACGAAGAACACGAAAAAAGGGAUUUGAACUUUUUGAUGAGAAUGGCUUUGGAGAAGGUUGCCUUUUUGCCCUUUGGCUAUUUGGUUGAUCUUUGGCGAUGGGACGUUUUUGAAAGCAAUGUCAUGGAACAAGAUUAUAACAAACAUUGGUGGAAACUUAGGGAUAAGUACCAAGGAAUAUGCCCACCUUUGCAAAGGACCGAAAAGGAUUUUGAUCCUGGUGCCAAGUACCAUAUUGCUGCAGGAGUUCCAUAUUUGAGGUAUUUCAUCAGUUUCGUCCUGCAGUUUCAGUUCCAUAGUGCCCUUUGCCAACGUGCAGGGCAGUAUGUAGAUAGUGACGACGAGGACGAAAGCGAUGGCAGUCCCUUUCUGUAUCGUUGCGAUAUUUAUGGGUGUCCUGGAGCAGGAGAGCAACUCAGUUCCAGAGAAGCCCUAUCUUUAGGCUGCUCUCGCCCCUGGCCCGACGUGAUGCGAGUUUUGACGAACGAAGACACCAUGGACGCCACUGCUUUAUUAAAAUACUUUGAGCCCCUCCACAGAUUUUUGAAACGGGAAAAUAAACGAAACAAUGAAGAAAUCGGCUGGGGCAAAACUGUACCCUGUUCAGAUAAACUGUAA